AGUGAGUUGGAGAGUGGCAGUGACAAAACCAAAUAAGGGACAACGUGUGCUUUAUAAGGCUCAUUAUAGGUGCCAGCACAAUGUUUAUGUCCGAUCAGACACGGCUAAUCAAAGACGGCUGUCAAAAUAUACAUGCUGUGAGGCAAAACUGGUUUGCAAUCUGGUGAAGACUACAGACAAAAGGGGAGGAACUAGUAGAUACAGGAAGUUCCUGACCUAUCUACAGAGUCUUUACAGUCGACGUGAGAGUUGGACUCUCAGCUAUAGGAGGGACUUGCCAACACGUGGCAACCAAACAAAUAACUAUGUGGAGGCUGCAAUGCGUGUCUUGAAAGACAAAAUACUUCAAAGGACAAAAGCAUUCAACCUGCCUCAAUUAUUCAACCUUUUCAUCACCCGACUAGAGAUGUACUAUAAAGCACGUGUGACAGACGUUGCACUUGGCCAUUGGGAGGCAUUCCACCGGUCAAGAUUACUUGCUACACAAAGUAAUAUAAAAGCAUCUGAUAUUUCUCAGGUUGGAGAAAAGAAAUUUCAGGUGAGAUCGUCCACAUCAGGGCACACCUAUACAGUGGACAUGGAGUUGGAGCUCUGCACUUGUCCAGUUGGCCAUAGUGGGGCACCAUGCAAACACCAGGCAGCAGUAGUGCAAAAUUACAACAUCACCUCCAUCAACUUUCUCCCCACAACAGCUGAAAUGAGGGCUGAGCUGCUGAAAAUAACAAAAGAGUCACAUCAGCUGGACCUGUCUUCCACCAUCUCUGCACAAUUGCGCCAAACAUCACCUAUGCAAGAGGACUCAUACUCCAACCAACCCUGUGUACAGGGUAACUCAGAGGGAGCACCUUUACCUCAGUCUCCUGUGAGACGGAUGCUGGGACUGCUCAGUGAAAUGGCUGAAAACUCAGACUACAGUGAUGCCAUGACUACAAUGGCCAAGCAGCUUGAAAAGAUGCAGCACAACCCGACCCAAAUGAUCUCCGCAUUUUACUGCUUUGAAAGGGAUGACUGUGUCAAAACGUGCAGCAGCGUGUCAGCCUAUGUUAUGUAG